GGCCAAACGCGAAAAGUGAAUCGCAGCAAUCGUCGUCGUCGUCGGAAUUCGUCUGUUCGGUUAAGGAAAGUUCGCGCCGCGCUUGCUGCGACUCGUUUGUUUUGACGUUUCGAACGGUGAAUGUUUUGAAAAUUGUGGUGCGAUUUGUACCAGUGUGUUCUGUCACCGAUAACGGUUCGUUAAGCUGACCGCUCGCGGGUCCGGAGCGUUGGACAGUUGUGCAAGUGUUGGUGGUUCACAAUCCUUUUUUUUCGACGGCCCGGCCAACGGAUUCGAUCCGGUUCGUGGUUCAGUGAUUAAGCGGGCAUGAAAGUGUUCACUGAUGUGUUACGCCGGGCACAAACACAAUCACAUCCGUAACGACAACAACAAUAAACACUCGAUUGUUUGGAAUUAACGCCAGAGAUAGCAGUGAAAGUGAAUUGGUGGGUGCCAUUGUUCCGUUGGAGCAGGAACGUCAACCAAUGCAGAAGAAGGCGAUCAAAGCAAGCGAAAUACCUCAAAGAAGUUCUGUGUAGCACAGCAGUAAUCGUAGAAUGCUGUGGAAUAUUACAACUAUUACGUAGAACAAGUAACCGCAAACCUAGGAAAAGUGCCUUACAGGACCCCAAAGCAGGAAUUACAGAUAUUCAAACAUCAACACAACCGAAAGUACAAAACUAUAUCGAAAGCAAAGUAGAGGAAAACAAAACUAAUCACAAUCAACAAAGAAACCAAGUCGUGUAACAAGUAGAGACGUAUUUUUCCUAGUGGAUAACCGUAUCAAACAACAGUCAAAGUUGGAGUUGAAAACAAAGUUUGUUGAGCAAGCCGGAGCCGAAGACCGGCGGUGCUAAAUCUCGGCAGUUUAUAAUACGGAACUGGAGGAUAAAAGUCCGGCACUAGUCAACAUGGAACCAGUGUACCUUGAGAGCAGCGCGAUCAGCACGUAUCAUCAAAAUGACAGCAAUUCAGAAAACCAAGCCCAACAGUACGGCGAGGUGAACCAGCUGGGCGGCGUGUUCGUCAACGGGCGGCCCCUCCCCAACAGCACCCGGAUGCGGAUCGUCGAGCUGGCCCGGCUCGGCAUCCGGCCGUGUGACAUUUCCCGCCAGCUUCGCGUCAGCCACGGGUGCGUCUCGAAGAUACUAGCACGCUACCACGAAACCGGAUCGAUCCUCCCGGGCGCCAUCGGCGGAUCGAAACCCCGCGUCACAACCCCCAAGGUGGUCACCUACAUUCGGGAGCUCAAGCAGAAGGAUCCGGGCAUUUUCGCGUGGGAAAUCCGCGACCGGUUGCUGUCGGACGGGGUUUGCGACAAGAACAACGUGCCCAGCGUCAGCUCGAUAUCGCGGAUCCUGCGGAACAAGCUCGGCAACAUUACGCACCACCACUCCGGCGGCAGCCACACGUCGCCGCACACGCCCCACCUGUACAACUCGAUCUACCCCUCGUACCCGUACACGACCAACUCGCUCAAGUCGGAAAUGUCCUGCGGCGGCAGUCCCUCGCCACCGACGGGGGUCACUCCGGUGCGGUCGCCCCACUCGCACCACUGUUGGCCCUCGUCCCACUCGGUCACGGACAUCUUGGCCAACGCGCACCACCAAGCCGCCAUCGCCGCCCUCCGGAACGGGAACAUGCCGCCGGGCCAGUGCCACACGACGCCCCCACCGCCAACGCUGGGGUCGGUGGUGCCGAACAUGGCGGCCGCCGCCGCAGCCACCAACAUGCACCAGCACCAGAUGCAGGACUCGAGCCAUCAGUCGCCCAACUCGUACAACUACUACAUGUACCUGCAGAGCGGCGGAAUGCACCACGGCGGGCUGGCCAGCGCGUCCGGCUUAUAGGCCAUGUUUUAGGUUUAGAGCUGGCUCUGAAGAGGGAGUUCGGCUUAGUGUGCAUAGAUAAGUGUUUUAGUUUGUUUAAUUUGUUUUUUUUUUAAGGAAGAGAAAAAGAAAAACAUUAGUCUAUCAAAUUGUGCCGGAAGAAUUUGUUAGGAAGACGAAAACGGUGAACCAGUGCAAUAUGAACAAAAGUGUCCAGAUUUGGUUUAGGUAGGGUAUCUGUUGUGACUUGUGUUCUGUAAGGUUUGUUUUUCAGUUGGCAAAUAAAAAUGUUUUUUUAGUUUUGAAUCGUUUUGACGAUUUCUUUUUUUUUCUAACCCAAAAGUACAGAAAGUUUCAUCAAAUUGAAGUUGAAAUUUUUCUCCGUGCAGCGGUACACAGAAAUGUCAACAAUGCAGACGUCAAACAUCUACACGCAAGGCUGUAUAUCAUAGGUACUCGCGAUCUUGCUUUGCAUUAGUGUGAGUGCAUGACUCCGUGCCACUAAAACCAAAACAAUAACAAACGAACAAUGGACUGUGCCAGGAAAACCAAAACAUAAACAAUGUCAGUGUCAGUGGAGUGAGAGAGUCAGAGAUAACGAUUUUGACAACCGCACUACUACACACUCAAUCACGAGUACCUUAGGUAGAAAGCCAUGAUCUACACGCUUAUCCAAGGUGGCGGCAAAAUUGAUAAUUUUUAGUGUGGUAUCGCGAUGAAAAUCAAGCAGAACUGAGGUUUUUUUUUCAAAUAUGUGACAUUUUCACUGUUUUGACUAGGAUUUACAAGUGUUUGGGUUGGUUUUCAAAGAGAUGCAAUCGCAAUUUGUAAACAAAUUCAUUUUCAUCGGUUUUGGAUUCAUUUGCGCAUAAAUUAUUUCAAAAAUGCUUGAGGUUGUUCAUCUACACGUCCUUGAAAUAUUCGAAAACAGCAAAAAUUUGUAAUUUUCUGAGAAAAAUUAAAAUUAGUGACCGUGGUCACGGUGGCUUUAACGUCUUUUUGAAAAUUAUCUGAUAUUUAAACCAAGAUUACUAGUGAAAGAAUUUUUGAAGUUGAACUAAAAAGUUCCAAUGACAAGAACAAACUCAAAUUGAUAAAGGUUAUUUUUCUGAGUACAAUGACCCCAGCUCGUUCCAAGGGGACCAUAGUUGAUCCAUCGAAAAAAUGGUGUCUUGUCAAUUUAUUUUUUUUGCAUUAAAAUGAAAAAAAAAAAAUGAUCAGAAAUGGUUUUUAAUCAUGUUUUUUACCGUUGUACAUAAAAAAUGACAUAGGGCUUCUGGAUUUAAACUUAUUUAAGCGUGUAGAUUUAUGCCAAUUUCACCUAUUCAGAUUCCGAGGGGAGUGACACUGAUGUUUAGUCAGUAAACUUAAAAGCGCAGUUUGUUUUUAAUUAUUUCUGGGUUAUUUUUUAACAUUAAAACGCGAUAAAUAAUGUUCAAUUAUUACAUAAAGCUUGUCUUAAAAUAGAUCAGGUCAAAACUUCAAAGCAAAACACAGAAACAAAAAACAAACAGCUGAAGAAAACAACUGAAAGUACAAAUCGAAAUGAUAACUCACAUAGAGAAAGAGGCAGAACGAAUACAUCACAUCUAUAUACAAACAAAAAACUCAAAUGUUUAUGUACUAUUCAGGAAGAAUAAAUUUUAACUCUUGUAAACAAAAGCUCAAAGGUUGUAAAGUAACUAAAACAGAAAUCCAAACUAUACAGUAAAACGCAGAUUACUACUAAACAGAACAACAACAACAUAAAAAACAUCACAAAAUGAAAAAGCAAGUACAACUCAAGGAUAUCAUAUUUAGAAAAAGAUGAAAAGAGAACAAAUUAACAUCGAGCAUGCAAAACAAACCAAGCUCGGCCGGAAGUCGCUGCGAAACAAAAACAAAGCAAUAUUUUUCACCUGAACUAGAAAACUACUGCACUAAAUGUUAUGAAAAAGGGUGGAAGUAAACAAAACAGAAAACAACUCCCGACAGGAGAUAAGUGGAAACGUGUCUAUUUUUAAAAGCUGUACAGAAAGGGCUGAAAAAUAAACCCAGUGAACAUAGAAUGGAGAAACCCGAAACAGAUGUAAUAAAAUAUCCCCAGAUGUGUGCCUUUUUCUAUAACAUAUAUACAACAACCGGACAGAGACAGCAAAUCACACCACAGGCAAAUCUUGUACAUAGAGAAAAAAAAUGGGAAAUUUGCGCGCAAACCAAAACAUUUCCCUACGUUCUUUUUUUCAAACUGAUUUCCCUUUUCAUAUUCAUUCACAAUCGCAGUUGGCCACUGGUUGCAUGAAAGAGGAAACCUUACCCCGAUCAACUGACUGACCAGCUAGACCACAGACAGACAGACGUCAAUCACUUUCAAAAUCCGUCAAUCGACAAUUUAACGGUCAAUUUGAAUUGUGAGAAACUCACCACCGUGAUACUGAAUUCACCACGCGUUUGACAGCUGCUUCCAAUUGUAUUAGCAAAUUUUGUUCAUUUUGACGUCUGCUCAUCUGUGGUCCGGCAAUUAUACGUGACUUCUUUUCGCGCCUACUUUGCCGCACGCUCGGCUGCCGUUUUUGCAAGUGCAGUGCAGUGCUAGUUAUCAGUUCGUUCGGUUUUGCUAGGUUUAGGUUGUAAAGUUGUUCUAAAACAAAGUAAAACACACACACACACGAAACAGAACAUAAAAAAAAAACAAACCAGUGCUAUUCAAAUUCUCAGACAAACACACGCACAGUCACGCGAAGGCGUGUGUGUGUGUGUGUGUGCGGUAAGCAAAUUGUUAAUAUUAGUUGUAAGUUGCGGAAAUUUCUGUUUUAUUUUUUGGUUCAAACACAAAAACAAACAAACAAAGGAAAUGCUGUCGAAGCGUAAUUUGUAAAUUUGUAACAUUAAACUGGGUGGAAGUGGGUUUAAAAAAACGCGGUAGACGAGAGAGCUUCAAGGGAGAAGAAAAUAUGUGAAAAAAGAAAAUCUUUAAAAAAAUUAAACCAAUUUCAAAUAUAAGAGUAAUAAGAGAAUCUAUUUUAAAUAAAGUAAAUAUAUGAUUUUAACAGAAGGAAGAAAAGAGAGA